CAUUUGACCCGGAAGUUUUGGCUGAGCAGUAUGGCUGCCUCUAUCAGCUCGCUAACAACGUGACUGCACUUUAAAUGGAGAUGAUUCUCGGUAUUGCAAUUUAGGUCAUAUUUUUAUAAUAAAAUUAACUGUCGCAUUCGUUUUAUAUCCUAUCCUGCACACAACUCAUUUUUGGUGAGCUCAGCAAAGCUUAUGCUCACAUUGGAAAUUGUCAAGUUUUAUAAUGGCUUCGUUCAAACCCACAAGGAUUCCAAGCUAUCCUAAGUUUGGAGAGAAAGUUACUCAGGACACACUGUACUGGAGAAAUUAUAAGACUCCUGUCCAGAUUAAGGAAUUUGGGGCAAUCACAAACAUAGACUUUUCUCCCAUCUCCCCAUAUAAUUAUGCAGUCACUGCAUCGACAAGGAUCCAGAUAUAUGGGCCGUACUCUCAGGAGCCGGUGAAGUCAUUCACGCGGUUCAGGGACACGGCAUACAGCGGCACCUUCCGGUCUGAUGGCCAGCUCCUGGUGGCCGGCAGUGAGGAUUCCCUGGUGCAGCUUUUCGACGUCAACGGCCAGGUGCCACUCAGACAGUAUUCUGGACACUCCAAGCCGGUACACGUCACGGACUUCACGUCAGACCGCUAUCGGAUACUCUCCGGGUCGGACGACUACACGUGCCGACUGUGGGACAUCCCCAGCUCCGCUGAAAUUUCCUGCUACAGUGAGCACACUGAUUACAUUCGCUGUGGAACAACGAGCAAGUUGAAUCCCGACCUUUUCAUCACGGGCUCCUACGAUCACACUGUGAGGGUUUUUGAUGGGCGAACAGACAAAAGCAUAAUGAACAUGGACCAUGGGCACCCGGUAGAGAGGGUCCUGCUUUUCCCCUCUGAGGGGCUUCUGGUCUCGGCAGGUGGCCGGUAUGUGAAAGUGUGGGACAUGCUGAGGGGGGGGCAGGCCCUGGUGUCCUUGAAGAACCAUCACAAGACUGUGACGUGUUUGUGCAUGAGCAGCUCAGGGCAGAGGCUGCUGUCAGGGUCUUUGGACAGGCAUGUGAAGGUCUACAGCACGACAACAUAUAAAGUGGUCCAUAACUUUGACUACGCGUCCUCCAUCUUGAGCCUCGCAUUGGCGCCUGAAGAUAACACUCUUGUGGUUGGGAUGACCAAUGGUGUGUUGAGCGUCAAGCAGAGGAAACCAGAAGAGAAGGACGCCUUUGGCAGUAAGCAGCGGCAGCGGCGGCCAGCCUACAGGGUCUUUGUCAAGGGGAAGACCUACGUGCCCAAGCAGGAUGAUUUCUUGGUCAGCAAACCAGUCCGAAUGCACUUGCGGAAAUACGACAAGCAGCUGAAGAGCUUCCAGGUCUCCAAAGCUCUGGACACGGUUCUGGAGCCCUGGAUUCGAGUGAAGAAACCAGAGGUCACAGUGGCUGUGAUGCAGGAGUUGAACCGCAGAGGCACUCUGAAGAACGCUCUUGCUGGCCGUGAUGAGAGGAGCCUUAGCACCCUGCUCAGCUUCCUCUUACGGAAUAUAGUUGAUUCCAGGUUUACCCCCACAUUGGUCAUUGUUGCGGAGAUGAUUUUGGAUAUUUACAUGAAGGUGGUGGGCCAGUCGGCGGUGGUGGACAAGCAGAUAAUGAAGUUACAGGAACUGAUUGAAAGGGAGAUUGACUACCAGCAGGAGCUGGUGGAGGUCUUGGGCAUGUUGGACACGCUGUUUGCCACCAUGACAGCAAAGAAGGAUGCUUCACAACAGAACAGAACAGCCAAUGGGCUGUUGGAGAUUGGAAGUGGGCAGGACCAGGUAGUAGGGGCAACCUGAUAUUCCCAUCAUGCUCCACGUCCUCUGAGUGACUGGCUUCAUGAAGUAACGCAGAGGUCAGAGGUCUGCUGUCAAGAUCUCAGUUAGGAGACAGACAUGGUUACAGCCCAUGUCUGUUCUUUUGCAAUUUGUGGGAAAUUAUGGACAUAUUUUAUUCUUUUUCCCUUUUAAUCUUUCAUCUUUCUUCCAGCGGUAAAUUCCUUCCUAAAUUUUCAAUGUAUUUAGAUCAACUCCAGUGUUUUGAAGUAUGUAUUUAAGACAUCUCCAUCUUCUAAAAAUGUCAUGGAAGAGUAAAACUUCUCUUUCAAAGCCAAAUGGUAGUUUGUAUUCUUUCAUACAAAUGUUUUACUGCUUAACACAAGGGGGCAGUGUAGUUCAGUGUUUCUCAAGCAUUGUUGAGUGUGUGUUACUGUCAGGUUCUCAGUGACGCAACUUGUAUGAGUUUAGAUUAUUCAUUAAUGUAUAAUCUACUUUAAUUAAAUCAAAUUUAUUCAAAAAUGUAUGCUUCUUUGUCAGGACAACUCAUUUAGAAAUCUGUAUUUUGGAAAAUAUCUGGAUAAUCAAUCAGAUGUUCAUUAAGAUGCUGCUUGGAAGGAAUAGGCUUAUAAUGAUAUAAGGAAGACUUAAGUUCAUCUCUGCCACAUUUAAGUGUCGUGUUAAAAUAGUUACUGCUUAAUCUCCAUGUGAUCCUGGGGGCAGCAUAAAACAGGAGCAAAACUGAUUAUAUUCAUAUCAUGCAAAAUUCUGUGUAUGUGCUAAAGAAAAGCUAAAUGUAUCAUCCUGCCAUAUGCAUUUGGGACCUAAGAAGGAAACUCCGCAUAUUUAUGUUUUGUGGUUGUUACUUUGAGGCCGUGUCAGAAAUGUAUAACCAUGGAAUACAAUGUAAAAUGUCAUUAGUCAGACAGUCAUUGAUGCACAUCGCAGAAUGGCAGUUUCUGCAGUCCCACAGCUGCAGACUGUAUUUAAAAGUUAAAUUAUGAUAUUCUUGUAAACAGUCCAGCACAGUCUGGGUUGUGUUUGCUCUUCUGGCUAGCUAUGCUGUCUUGUCUGUCCUUCGGAGUCCAAAUAUAAGAAUUGAAAGAUGCCAGCCUGUCUAGUAUUGUGAGGUGCUGACUUAAAUGAAUUUUUUUUGCUAGUGGUGUCAUGAAUUGCGAAUUUCUAUUUACCUCAGAAAAGUUGGCCUUGAUUGUUGAUGCUAUUAUGUGAUGCUUGAGGAACAUUGGAUGCUGCUGUUAUCAAAGGGCACCCGGUGGAUAAAAGGCUGGAUUCCUAGGAGGUGAACCAUGUCACCAUGUAUCUGAGGCUAAAUGUGACCUGUGCUGGAGAUUCAUAAUGCAAGAAACAAAUUCAUUUUGCAUAGCUGUUAGAUAAUCUUUAUGGGGGAUAUAGGUGUAAAUGCAUCAUCCUUGCAUCCAUCCACCCACCCACCACUUACCCUGGUAAGGGCCUUGGUUGUAUUGUCAAUAUACUCCUUUAGUACAUUUGAAGUCUACAUCUUUAGUUGUGACUUUUUGUGAUGUUUAACUGUUUCUCUAGCAGAAACACUUCUGCAAGGAAUGCAGAAAAGUUUAAUGCAAGGGGGACACUGGAUCCUUCAGUGAAGUUCAGAUUCAUUUUCAUUCAUAGAUACGACAGAUUUACAAACGUAUUGCCCUUGAAUACAAAAGGUCUUUCAGAUUUAAAAUAGAUUUUUUUUAAUUGGUUGAGGAAAAUAAAGUACUCUCGGUUUUUGGAGGUUCUCCUCCUUAGCACUUUUUUUGUUUGUUUUAUCUGCUGAAAUAAGCAGGAAGGGUGGGGAUUUAAUGCAGUGAUUCUGUUGUUUCCUGUUUCACUGCUAUAACUCUGAGUUUGUGGCGCUGUAUGACUGAAGAAGCAGAUCACUGGCACCGUCUGUUUUGCAUAGGUGGGCCUGUGUGAACUUAACAUUGUCAUUAUGUAUAACCUCAGUAGAAUUAAAGGUAGCACAACGUUAAAGCCUU